AAGGCUGGUUUGCCAACCAUCAAUGAACGCUUGAGAACAGAAGAAGCAGGAGCAAACAGCAAAGCCUGUGUGUGAGCGGAGCAGAGCAUAGCUCUGUCUUUGUGGCAAAGUGUCUGUUCAAGCUUCAAGCUGCGUGUCAACGUUUAACGCUCGGUCAACGGCGUUCAGUCUAGUUUGACGUGAAGUACAUUGAAAGGUUUGGAGUAUCCGUGAAGGCGUCACAAAUGGCAGAAAACACAGAACAAAAUGAGGCAAAGCAUGACAGCUCAUCAUCCCCCGGAAUGACAGACCAAGAGAAAGAAGUGGCAGUCAGUGCAUAUGAGGAGUUUUCGGCUGGGAAAUAUGACGAGUCCCUCAAACACCUCGAAUCCCUGCAGGAGCUCAACAAAGAGGAUUACAAAAUCGCCAUGAACAAAGCUGUCGUAGAGUUUUACAAAAGUGGUCAGACUACCACAGGAACGCUAAAGCAGUCUCUAAUGGCAAUGAAGAACCAGGUUCACACGUCAGCGGAGGAUGUUGAUGGUUUGGAUGAUGUUGAAAAUAGUUUGCUGUACUAUAAUCAAGCCAUCAUCCACUAUCACAUGAGGCAGUUCUCUGAAGCCAUCUCCAUUGGAGAGAGGCUCUACCAGUUUCUGGAACCAUUUGAAGAGAAGUUUGCUCAGGCCGUGUGCUUUCUGCUGGUGGAUCUGUACCUACUCACCUUCCAGCCAGAGAAGGCCCUUCAUCUGCUUACUGUGCUGGACAAACUGUCUGUACAAGGAAGCAACAAGAACGGCAAAGGAGAGAACAACAGUUCAAACAAAGAUGGAGCAAACCAGAAGGUGGAGUUCACAGCCAUGAUCGAGGCGGCCAAAUCAAAGAUGCAUCAGUACAAAGUGAGAGCCUACAUCCAGAUGAAAUCCUCCAAAGCCUGUAAAAGGGAGAUCAAAUCAGUGAUGAACACAGCAGGGAAUUCUGCACCCUCACUUUUCCUCAAGAGUAAUUUUGAGUACUUAAGGGGAAACUACCGGAAAGCAGUGAAGCUGUUAAACAGUUCCAACAUCGCAGAGCAUCCUGGUCCCAUCAAGACAGGUGAAUGUGUUCGAUGUAUGUUCUGGAACAAUCUGGGCUGCAUUCACUUUGCAAUGGGGAAACAUAAUCUAGGAAUUUUCUACUUCAAGAAGGCGCUGCAAGAGAACGACCACACCUGCGCACAGCUGGGAGACGGCGGCAACGGGCAAUCUAAGAAGUUCACUGGUAUCCCCAUGUGUGCUCUACUAGCCAACAAGCGCUAUGAGCUGCUGUAUAACUGUGGUAUUCAGCUGCUGCACAUUGGCAGGCCUCUGGCAGCGUUCGAGUGUCUGAUGGAGGCGGUGCAGGUUUACCACUCCAACCCUCGACUGUGGCUGCGGCUUGCAGAGUGCUGCAUCUCUGCUAACAAGGGGGGGAUGGAGCAGGAGAGCAAAGGUUUACCUUGUAAAAAAGGUAUAGUUCAGUCUAUUGUCGGCCAAGGUUACCAUCGCAAGAUUGUCCUUGCAUCCCAGUCUACCCAGAAUACUAUCUACAGUGAGGGCCAGUCAGCAGCUAUCCCAGUAGCCAGUAUGGAGUUUGCAGCCAUCUGCCUGAGGAACGCUCUGCUGCUGCUGCCGGAACAUCAGCAACUGGACACCAAGACAGAGAACGGCUCCAAGAGCUCCAGUCAGUCAGGGAGCACGGAGAGCGGCAGCGAAAACAGUGAUGCCUGCAGUGGGAAAGGUCAGGAAGCUGAUAAGUUCUUGUCUGCAGCUCCAUCGUCUCCACUGAGAAAACAGGAGGUAGAAAACCUCAGGUGCUCCAUCCUGGCUUGUAGUGCCUAUGUGGCGUUAGCACUGGGAGACAACCUGAUGGCUCUAAACCACGCUGAUAAACUGCUCCAUCAAACAAAGGUUUCAGGAUCUCUCAAGUUCCUGGGUCACCUUUAUGCUGCUGAAGCACUCAUCUCACUGGACAGAAUCUCUGACGCCAUCUCUCACCUCAACCCAGAGAACGUCACUGAUGUGUCGAUGGGAGUGCUGACCAGUGAGCAAGACCAAGGGUCUGACAAAGGAGAUGAGCCUGUCGAGUCAUCAGGGAAGCAGACUCCCAUGUGUUACCCCAGCAGUGUGACGUCAGCUCGGGCCAUGAUGCUCUUCAACCUGGGGAGUGCCUACUGCUUGAGGAGCGAGUAUGACAAGGCCCGCAAGUGCCUGCAUCAGGCUGCAUCUAUGGUGAACACCAAGGAGAUUCCACCUGAAGCCAUCCUGCUGGGAGUGUACUUAGAGCUGCAGAACGGAAACACCCAGCUGGCCCUGCAGAUCAUCAAACGAAACCAGCUGCUGCCAACAGCGGUCCAGAGGGUCUCCCCAGACUCCCGCAAGAAACCAGUCCAGCCCUUCCAGUCUGUCCAGCCCAUCCAGUUGCCCGCAUCCUUCACACAAGUACAGCGCAAAUGAGCCUCCUCUGACUUAGCCACCCCCACCCCCCCACCCCAAGAUCACAAACUUCACACACACCACACACCCCUGAGGAGCAUUGAUAUUUAUAAAGCUGCUUUCCCUCUGCACCAAGAGCCCAAUGAAGUGCAGGUGUGUCUGCUGGCUGAGAGGUUCGGCUGCAGCAGACACUUAUUUCCAUUUGACUGACUGAGGAACCUGUGUUGUCUCAACAAUGAAAAUAAAUUUUAUUUACUUUA